AUGCCGUCUGGCUUCCGACGUCUGGCGGCAGACCAUGCCGCCCUGCACGAGGACCUCCCGCCGAAUUACCUCCAUCCUUCCGAAGAUUCGUCGGGCGAUGACUUGACUCAACUAUCAACCCUGUUGGCCGGACCGCAGGGCACGCCGUACUCACAGGGCCUAUGGCGACUCCACCUCAAAAUGCCCGAGGAUUACCCCAAGAGCCCGCCCAAGGCCACGUUCAGAACUCGCAUAUGGCAUCCGAACGUGGAGGAAUCGACGGGGGCUGUAUGCGUGGAUACAUUAAAACGGGACUGGAAACCGACGUUGACGUUGAAGGAUGUCCUUAUCACAAUAUCAUGUCUUCUGAUUUAUCCAAACCCAGACUCUGCCUUGAACUCCUCCGCCGGAUCCCUCCUUCAAGAAAACUACGAAGCUUUUGCCCGCCAGGCAAAGCUAAUGACGUCUAUCCAUGCGCCUGUUCCGGCAGACAUGAAACAGGCAGUGUCCGAGGCGAAACUACGAGGAGAGGAUGAGGGCACGGUGAUUCCAGAGCAAGAGGAUGGGCGAUUAUUACGGUCUCGCAAAAACGUCAAGACUCAAACAGUGAUAAUGAAGAAAACCGCCCAGACGAACGCGCCCGCUACUACCCCGCUGCCGACAGUAAAGUCGCAACCGUCGCCGUACCAACCCGACGACCAAGAAUCUUCUGAAGACGACGAAGACCAACUGGAUGAUACAGAAAACGACUCCCCUGCCCCUACCUUCUCCGACGACGAGCACGACAACCUCUCCGCUGCCAGCAAAGAGAACGACCCCUCGUUAUCCCCGUCCCCGGUCAAGUUCUUCUCGUCGAGUCCCCGCAAAAAUGCCUUCGGCAAACGACCCCUUUCCGUCCUCACGGCCCCAGUUGACUAUCCAGAUCCCUCGUCAGCAACGGGAAUGGGCAUGGCUUCAGACGGAGAUACCACCGACACCGACACCGACCACCCCAUGACCGCCUCUGAAAAGAACAUCGCUGCCAACCACCACUCCGCCGUCCGCGACCCCCAAUACCACAACUCCCUUGACGGCUCACCACAGCGCAAAUCCCCCAAACUCUCCCUCUUUCAUAAGGGCGUCAACUCAUCCGGCCGCGUCCGCGACGACCUUCAAAUCUUUGAGGACGUCCCCGAGCCUACGACAGGAAAUGGGAUGGGCCUAGACCGUCAACUGAGCGGUGACGGCAAAGAGAACCAUGAAUCUUCUUCCUCUUCCGCCGCAGGCUCCAAGGGUCUACGGGAUCGAAAACCCCUCUCCACGUCCUUCCCAUCGACUAUCCUCGCUCCCUCGUCAACGAUCCCAGCCGGCAAUGCCGCGACCAAUACCUUCCCGACGGCUGCUCCUGGCCUGGGCACUUCCAAACUAUCGAGACCAGGUCUCCUAGGCUCGAGAAAAGUCUCCGGCUCUGGCAUGAAAAAAGCGAAACCUCGUCUUGGUAUCAGGAGGCUGUAA